AUGGGGACAUGCAUUUCCCUUCAGAGGUACACCACCAAACCUGAGCUGAAGCUAAGGUUGUCUCGGGAAGGCAACAUAUUUGACAAGUACCAUGUGGGCAAAGAGCUUGGGAGAGGGGAGUUUGGGGUGACGUACCAAUGUUUUGACAAUGUGAAAGGUGAGUGGGUUGCAUGCAAGAAGAUCUCUAAGAGCAAGCUUAGGACGGAGAUUGACAUGGAGGAUGUAAAGAGAGAGGUUGAGAUCAUGCGCCAUUUGCCCCCACAUCCAAACAUCGUAACAUACAAAGAGGUGUUUGAGGACAAUGAAGCUGUGUACCUCGUCAUGGAGCUCUGUCAGGGAGGGGAAUUGUUCGAUAGAAUAGUUGCAAGAGGGCAUUACACGGAAAGGGCAGCUGCCCACGUUUGCCAUGAACAUGGAGUCAUACAUAGAGAUCUAAAGCCAGAGAAUUUUUUGUACGCUAAUGAUUCUGAAAAUGCUCCCCUAAAGGCAAUUGAUUUUGGGCUUUCUAUAUUCUUCCAACCAGGUCAACUAUUUAGUGAAAUCGUUGGGAGCCCUUAUUACAUGGCCCCUGAGCUUCUUAGGCGCAAUUAUGGUCCAGAAAUUGAUGUUUGGAGUGCUGGUGUUAUUCUCUACAUUUUAUUAUGUGGAGUUCCUCCUUUUUGGGCAGAAACUGAAGAAGGAAUUGCACAGGCAAUUGUGCAUGGUGAGAUAGAUUUUCAAAGGGAUCCAUGGCCUAGAAUCAGCGAGGAUGCCAAGGAUCUUGUCCGAGGCAUGCUUCAGCAAAAUCCUUACACCCGCCUAACUGUUGAAGAAGUCCUUCAAAGCCAAUGGAUACAAAGGGCUGACAAAGUUCCAGAUAUUUCUUUAGGAGAAGGUGUUAUAACAAGAAUUAAGCAAUUCUCGUUGAUGAAUAAAUUUAAGAAAAGGGUCCUUAGUGUGGUGGCAGAUAACUUGCCUGAUGAGCAAGUAGAUGGGAUAAAAGAAAUGUUCAAUAUGAUGGACACAGACAAGAAUGGGAAUUUAAAUUUUCAAGAGUUGAAAGAUGGGCUAUAUAUGUUUGGACAAGCAAAGAUAAGCAACGAUGAGUUACUGCAUCAAGCCUUCUUACAGUUUGACAAUAAUCAGAGCGGAUACAUUGAGUUUGAGGAGCUGCAACUCUCUCUCUUAUUAGAUGACCAUUUUGGUCCUACAAAUGACCAACUUGACGGGCGCAUAAGUUUCCCAGAGUUCAAGGCGAUGAUGACGACAGGAAUGGAUUGGAAGAUGGGAUCUCGACAAUACUCACGGGUUUUGCUCAACGCUCUUAGCAUCAGACUUUUUAAAGAUGCUCAAAAUAUGCCACUCACAAUCUAAAUUUUCUUUCUUAUAUUAAAGGUACAUUUGUUUUUAAAUGUUAGAAUAUUGAGUGUAUUUUAAAUAUUAGUCCC